AUGGAUUCGGAGUCGGACUUCGCCCUCUUCGCCGCCAUUCCCUGGUGGGCCCAGCACCUCCGUAGGCCCCGCAUCGUCACGGGGCAGCCACGAAGCCGGCAGCCGAAGAGCAACGCCGAGGACACCCUCUUCGCAGAGACCUUGAAGUCGCAGACCGCGAUCUCGGCCAUGCUGGAGGUAUACGAGGACUUACCCUCGCCCAACGAGCGUAUAGAUCACAUCAAAGCGUUCCUGACGCUGGGAGCCGGUCUUAAUGGCCAUCCCGGCGUGUGUCAUGGCGGACUGGUGAUGGCGAUCCUCGACGAGGUCAUUGGUAUGCUCAUACCCAUCAACCAGAAGCGUAAAUCAAUUCCCAAGACUGUGUAUAUGACGGCCUACCUGAACACGACUUUCCUGAAGCCGGUGCCGACUUCGGCUACCAUUCUCGCACGGGCGACCAUCACCAGAGUUGAGGGGAGGAAGUACUUCUCUGAGGGGUCGAUCGAGAAUGAAAAGGGGGUUAUACUGGCUCGAGGCGAAGCACUGUUCGUCGGAUUGAAGAGUGCGCUCUGA